GAGUUGUGGAACGAAAAAUCCAGGGGCGUGCGCGGUGUGGAUCUCAGUGAAUUCUCAGAGGGCAGAAUAGUCCGGGCGGCUCUGACCCAGUUGUCAAUUGUCCGUGUGUUUUUUUCACCUGCAAAUGAUGUGUUACAGAAGAAAAUGUGAAAAUUCUGCUAGAUUCCUUUCCUAACAUUAUAGUGACUAGUUGACAAAGAGAAAGAAUAUCUUCUUGGGUGCAGUGUGUACAAAAUAAGAACAAGGCAAUGGCUUAUCAAACAUUUCGUCAGGAAUACUUGCAAAUUCCCAUAGUGACUCGCAUAUACACGACAGCCUGCGUAAUCACAACUUUGGCCGUGCAUCUGGACGUAGUCUCUCCUUUCCAGCUCUACUUCAAUCCCACACUCAUCGUCAAGCACUACCAAGUAUGGAGAUUGGCCACAACAUUCCUCUUCUUCGGAACGAUCAGCUUCAGCUUCCUCUUCAACAUGAUCUUCACAUACAGAUACUGCCGGAUGCUGGAGGAGGGAUCUUUCCGGAGCCGCAGUGCAGAUUUCGUCAUGAUGUUCCUUUUUGGUGGCUUUCUUAUGAUUAUAUCAGCGAUUUUUGUCAAUCUCCUAUUCUUGGGUCAAGCUUUCACGAUAAUGCUGGUGUAUGUGUGGUCACGUCGCAAUCCAUCCAUUCGGAUGAACUUCUUCGGUCUGCUGAACUUCCAGGCGCCCUACCUGCCCUGGGUCCUGCUUAGCUUCUCUGUGAUUCUAGGCAAUACGAUCUGGGUGGACCUAAUGGGCAUGAUUGUGGGACAUAUUUACUACUUUCUCGAGGAUGUCUUCCCCAAUCAGAGAAAUGGAUGCAAACUUCUCAUCACUCCUCAAUUUCUGAAGAGAAUUUUCGAUGAGAAUGAACAGUAUCCGGAAUAUGCAGCUCUCCCAGAAGAUCGUCCGGGUGGAUUUGAUUGGGGAGAGCGACCCAAUAGACCGGCACAGGGGCAACAACAACAACAACCUCAGGAAAAUAACGCCCAAUAGAAUCCUCUAUAGAAGUUCCACAUGCCUCUCGAGCGCGUGCAUCACCUAAAACACGAACUUGUUGCGCUGUUUUUUUUUUAUGUGUUUCACAGAAUUUUUGUCGUUGAACAGCUCCUCUCCUGACAACAUGUAAAUAGGCUGUAGGAGAGACUAAUUGCUAAAAAAAAAAGAAACACCACGAGAGACAGAAUAAAAUUGAUGGAAAAUAUUGUAAUAUCUGUCCACAUUGUGCCGCAAUUUUGUAUACAGAAAAAAAAUCAAUUAUCAAAAAACAAAACAAAAUAAACCUCUAAUAAAUUAAUUGCGAUUUUCGCUUGUCACAAAGGAAGAAAAAAAAAAGUCCAAAUCCUCUUAAAUUCAAUCUUGUCUUUAUUUUCUAAUUCUCACUUACAUUUUCUUUUUCUUCAUUUAUGCAAUGCCCUAAUGCUAUCUUUUUGAAUAUUCUUUACAUUUGUUAUUGAUUAGCUAUCUUCAUCAGUUUUUUUCUUCUUCUUCUUCUAUUUAAUUGUAAAAAGGUAUUUUUUAUUUUUUGUUGAGAACCUAAAUAUUAGGCAAAAAAUAUGCACAAUGAAAAAAAUCAAAGAUUUACAUGGGAAGAAUUAAUUUGGGGGACAAAAAUAUCAAGUUCACGCAUGUUAAAGGGCUUCUGUAUGAAAUAUUUAAUUAUUAUUUAUAAUGCCAAAUGUUCUUUUUGUUUUAAAUGAAAAAAUAUAUAACCAUUUUCAUCAGUCACAGA